AUGGUAAACAAUCGAGCAACUACGCGAGAAGCCCUUUUCUCAGGUACCUUUUCUCGAACACAGAAUGGAAGGAGUGUUGACAAUGGCGAGCAGGCGAAACGGCUACUAGAGGAGCAAAAUGACGAGCAAAUUAGUCAUUUAUCGUUGCAGAUCACACAGCUAAAGCAGUUGUCAGGUAAUAUUCAUUCAGAAGUCGUGGAUCAGAACCGUUUUCUUGAUGGCAUGGGCAAGGAGUUUGAUAAUACAGAGGGACUGCUAGGGGGCACUAUGAAGCGACUUGGUGUCAUGAUGGAACAGGGUGGAAGCAAACACAUGCUGUAUCUGAUCCUGUUUGUGAUCAUGGUGUUUUUGCUGCUGUAUUUUGUCAUCCGGUCCUCUUAG